AUCACCAGCGGAGAGGAAGAGGAGGAGGAGGAGGAGGAGGAAGGAGAGGUUGUGUCAGGUGGAAACGGGGACCUCUCUGGAUCUCAUCAUCAUCAGCCUCCACCGGCUCAGCAUCCUCAGCAUCCUCUUCAUCCUCUUCAUCCUCAGCACCGACAGCAUCCUCCGGCCGGCGGUCACCGCUGCAGGCUCUCAGCGCCUCUUUCUCUGCGCCAAGGCUCUGCAUGUCCCCGGUAGAGAGAGAGACUCUCCGGGCAGCUGACUAACCGAGGAGGGAAGACCCUGCUGGAAUAAAAGCGGAGCGUCAGUUUCCUCCAUUGAUAAACCUCUCUCUCUCUCUCCUCAUCGAUUCAGCUCUUUGCUAUAAGAGGACAAACCAAACCACCAAACUGACACUGAAGCUGAAGGGCGUCGGGCGCGAUGGCUAAUGCCUCCCCAGACCUGGACAACGCGGAAGCCCAGCGCCAGCUCAACAACAACAACCGACCAAGCAGCUCGGGAUUCUGGGAGACGGAGUGCACCAGUUCCAAGCUGUUCGAGUGCUCCCGCAUCAAGGCCCUGGCAGACGAACGGGAUGCGGUGCAGAAAAAGACUUUUACGAAGUGGGUCAACUCCCAUCUGGCCAGAGUGUCCUGUCGCAUCGCUGACCUCUACAAUGACCUGAGGGAUGGAUACAUGCUCACCAGACUGCUGGAGGUCCUCAGUGGAGAGCUGCUGCCGAGACCUACACGGGGUCGUAUGCGGAUCCACUGCCUGGAGAACGUCGACAAAGCCCUCCAGUUCCUUAAAGAACAGAGGGUUCACCUGGAAAAUGUUGGUUCCCACGACAUUGUGGAUGGAAACCACCGUCUCACCCUGGGCCUUAUGUGGACCAUCAUCCUACGCUUCCAGAUCCAGGUGAUCAAAAUAGAGACAGAGGACAACAGAGAAACUCGCUCUGCCAAGGAUGCCCUGCUGCUCUGGUGCCAGAUGAAGACCGCAGGGUACCCUGAGGUCAACAUCCAGAACUUCACCACCUGCUGGAGAGACGGCCUCGCCUUCAAUGCACUCAUACACAGACACAGACCUGACCUGAUAGAGUUCCACAAGCUGACGCGGUCCAAUGCAACCCACAACCUCCAGCAAGCCUUCAACAUCGCUGAGCAGCACCUGGGCCUCACCAAGCUCCUGGACCCUGAGGAUGUGAACACAGAGAACCCAGAUGAGAAAUCCAUCAUCACCUAUGUGGUCUCCUACUACCACUACUUCUCCAAGAUGAAGGCUCUUAUUGUGGAGGGCAAGAGGGUUGGCAAGGUACUAGAUAAUUGUAUUGAGGCAGAGAAUAUCGUCAACCGCUAUGAGGCUCUGGCGUCAGACCUGCUGGACUGGAUAGAAAAGACCAUCGCGGUCAUCAGCAACCAGAAGUUUGCCAACUCUCUGACCGGAGUUCAGCAGCAGCUACAGGCCUUCACAACCUACUGCACCAUAGAGAAGCCCAUCAAGUUUCAGGAGAAGGGGAACCUCGAGGUCCUUCUGUUCACCAUCCAAAGCAAGCUCAGAGCCAACAACCAGAAACACUACGUGCCUCAUGAUGGGAAGCUCAUCUCAGACAUCAACAAGGCCUGGGAGAGGCUGGAGAAGGCGGAACAUGAGCGGGGCGUGGCUCUACGCAAGGAGCUGAUUCGUCAGGAGAAGCUGGAGCUGCUGGCUCAGUGCUUUGACCACAAAACCACCAUGAGACAAGCCUGGCUCAAUGAGAACCAGAGACUUGUAUCGCAGGACAAUUUUGGCUAUGACCUACCAGCGGUCGAGGCGGCGAUGAAGAAACACGAGGCCAUCGAGGCGGACAUAGCCUCGUAUGAAGAGCGGAUCGGCGUGGUGGUGGAGCUCGGUGGCGAGAUGGAGUCAGAAGGAUACUACGACAUCCGGCGGAUCUUGGCACGAAAGGAGAACAUCCUGGGCCAGUGGAGUCUGCUGAAGGAGCUGGUGGCUGGGAGGAGGACCCGGCUGGAGAAGAACCUGGCCCUGCAGAAGACGUUUCAGGACAUGGUCUACAUGAUCGACUGGAUGGAGGACACACAGAUCCAGCUGCUGUCGAAGGACUUUGGGAAGCAUCUCCUGGAGGUGGACGACCUGCUGCAGAAACACAGCCUGCAGGAAGCCGACAUCGCAGUGCAGGCUGACCGGGUCGAGACGCUAAACACCGCUGCACUCAAAUUCACCACUAUAGAGGGUUACCAACCGUGUGACCCACAGGUGAUCUGUAACCGUGUCAACCAUGUCUCUUCCUGUCUGGAGGAGCUGAAACAACUGGCAGCUAAAAGACGAGAUGAGCUCGAGGAGUCGAGACAACUGUGGGCCUUCUUUCAGGAGCUGGAGGAGUCGGAGGCCUGGAUCAGGGAGAAGAGCUCCAUCCUGGGAGCUCAGGGUUACGGGAAGGAUCUGAGCAGUGUGCUGAAGCUACUACAAAAACACAAAACCCUGGCUGGAGAACUGCUGGCUCACCGGUCGCUGCUGCAGAACACCAUGAAGCGAGGAAAGCAGAUCCUGAGUGAGAAGAACUUCGGCACGGCGGGGAUCCAGGAGCGCAUCAUGGAGGUGAAGGGCGAGUGGAAGAGGCUGGAGGACCAGGCUGCGCAGCGUCUCGGCCACCUGCAGGAGGCGCUAAACUUUUUUCAGUUCUCUACGGAGACGGACGACCUGGUGGCGUGGCUGCAGGACGCUUACCGGCUAGUCUCCAGCGAAGACUUUGGACAUGAUGAGUACUCGACUCAGUCCCUUCUAAAGAAACACAGAGGGGUCAGCGAGGCCAUCGACAAACAUCGUAUGCAUGUACUAGCACUGCGCAAACACAUGGUGGCGCUGCCUCUGCGGUACCGUGAUCAGGAGGAGGUGCAGGUGCGUAUGGGAGAGGUGGAGCAGCUGUAUACAGAGGUGGUCGAGGUGGCGGUGCUCAGACAGCAGUGGCUCCACGACGCCCUUGCCGUCUACCGCAUGUUCAGCGAGGUCAAUGCCUGCGAGCUGUGGAUUGAUGAGAAGGAGCAGUGGUUGGACAAGCUGGAGAUCCCAGAGAGACUGGAGGACGUGGAGAUGGUGGCACAUCGGUUUGAGAGCCUGGACCAGGAGAUGAACAGCCUGAUGGGAAGGAUCCUGGACGUUAACCAGAUAGUUCAGCAGCUGCUGGAUGGAGGUCAUCCGUCCUCUACGGAGGUCAGAGGUUGUCAGGAUCACCUCAACUCCAGGUGGAACAGCAUCGUGGAGCUGGUUGAGCAGAAGAAAGAUCAGCUGGACUCGAUGUUACGUCUGCAGAACUACCUGCUGGAGUGUGCCGAGAUCAAGUCCCAGAUCCAGGACAAGAGGAAAGCCAUCGACGCCACUCAGUACGUGGGCAGCGACCUGGGAGGAGUCCUGGCUCUGCAGAGACGCCUCUCCACCAUGGAGGGAGCGCUGUCUGUCCUGGAGCCCAAACUAAUGCAUCUACAGGAAGAGGCUGAGCAUAUGGCCACCGCCCACCCAGGUCGGGCCAUGGAGGUUCUCGUGCCGUUUGAUGGCAUCAGUUUGGAGUGGGAGGAGCUGAAACGCACCCUGCAGGGCUGUGAGGACUCGCUGAUGGUGGCUAGCAGACUGCAGAGCUUCAUACAGGACCUGGACUCUUUCCUCACCUGGCUGGUUCAGACGCAGACGUCAGCCGCCUCAGAUCAGCUGCCCAACGACCUGGAAGAGGCGGAGAAGCUCAUCAACAAACAUGCUGCCCUGAAAGAGGAGAUCGGACGGUAUGAAGAAGACUACGAGCGCCUGCAGGCCAUGAACGAGCUGCUGGAGUCCGAGGAGGCUCCCCUCCCUCAGGCCGCCCUGCAGCAGUGGCUCCAGAAGCUCGAUGUCGGCUGGAACAAGCUGCUGGAGAUGUGGGAGAGCAGGAGAGAAGUUCUGGUCCAGGCUCAUAUCUUCCAUCUGUUCCUGCGAGAUGUCAAACAGGCCGAGUCCUUCCUCAACAACCAGGAGUCGGCCCUCGCUCACGUGGAGCUGCCCACCACGGUGGAAACCGUGGAAGCCGCCAUAAAGAAACACAAGGACUUCACCACCACCAUGGAGCUGAACCUGCACAGGAUCAAAGCUGUGAUCGAGGCCGGAGAGAGUCUGAUCAGCCAGAGCAACAUCUACUCCGACCGCAUCAAGGAGCGCAUCGACACCCUCGCCAACAGGGGAAACCAGAACAGAGAGCAGGCCCAGCAGUGGCUGGAAAAGCUGAACGACCAGUGGGAACUUCAGAGGUUUCUUCAGGACUGUCAUGAGCUAGGGGACUGGGUGUGUGAGAAGAUGCUAAUGGCGAGGGACAGCAGCCGAGACGAGACCCAGAAGCUUCAUAAGAAAUGGCUGAAGCACCAGGCCUUCAUGGCCGAAUUGGCCCAGAAUAAGGAAUGGCUGGACAAAAUCGAAAAGGAGGGCCAGCAGCUGAUCCAGGAGAAGCCGGAGCUCAGCCCGGUGGUCCGGAGGAAGCUGGAGGAGAUCAGGGAGUGCUGGCAAGAUCUGGAGAGCACCACCCAGGCUAAAGCCCGCCAGCUCUUUGAGGCCAACAAGGCCGACCUGCUGGUGCAGAGCUAUGAAAGCCUGGACCAGAGACUGGGCCAACUGGAGGGUCAACUAGUCUACGUGGACCAGGGACAGGACCUCACCACUGUCAACAAGCAGCUGAAAAAACUACACACCAUGGAGAGCCAGAUGGAGGAGUGGUAUAAGGAGGUGGGGCAGCUCCAGGUGCAGGUGGCCUCCAUCCCGCAGCAGACGCAGAUCAAGGAGUCGGUUGCAGGGCGUCAAGCCUUCGUGGAGGCCAGGAUGGUGCGUCUGAUCGAGCCGCUGAAGGAGAGACGACGCAUCCUGCUGGCGUCGAAGGAAGUUCACCAAGUCGGACGAGACCUGGAGGACGAGAUUCUGUGGGUCCAGGAGCGCCUCCCGAUGGCCAUGUCUCAGGAGCAUGGCUCCUCUCUGCAGGCAGUCCAGCAGCUCAUGAAGAAGAACCAGACUCUUCAGAGGGAGCUGCAGGUCCACAGGAGCAGGAUCGACGAUGUCCUGGAGAGGGCGGGGAUCAUCGCCUCCAUACGCAGCCCAGAGGCCGACUGCGUCAGGGCGGGCCACGACCAGCUGGCCCAGCUGUGGGCUCUGCUCUGGGCCGAGACGGAGAGGAGGCAGCUGGUCCUGGACGCCAUGUACCAGGCCCAGCAGUACUACUUUGACACGGCGGAGGUGGAGGCCUGGCUGAGCGAGCAGGAGCUGCACAUGAUGAACGAGGAGAAGGGGAAGGACGAGCCGAGCACGCUGCAGCUGCUGAAGAAACACUUGGUCCUGGAACAGACCAUCGAGGACUAUGCCGAGACCAUCGGCCUGCUGUCACAGCAGUGUCGACAGCUGCUGGAGAUGGGCCAUCCAGACUGCGAGCAGAUCAGCAAGCGUCAGUCGCAGAUCGACCGCCUGUACGUGUCUCUGAAGGACCUGGUGGAGGAGAGGAAGAGCCGCCUGGAGCAGCAGUACUGGCUCUACCAGCUCAACAGAGAGGUGGACGAGCUGGAGCAGUGGAUCGCUCAGAGGGAGGUGGUCGCCAGCUCACCCGAACUGGGUCAAGACUACGAGCAUGUCACUGUCCUGCAGGAGAAGUUCACAGAGUUUGCGUCGGAGACGGGCAGCGUGGGGCAGGAGCGAGUGACGGCCGUCAACCAGAUGGUGGACGAGCUCAUCGACUACGGCCACUCGGAGGCCGCCACCAUCGCUGAAUGGAAGGACGGGGUGAACGAGGCCUGGGCCGACCUGCUGGAGCUCAUGGAGACGCGGGCGCAGAUGCUCGCCGCCUCACACCAGCUGCACAAGUUCUUCUCUGACUGCAGAGAGGUUUUGUUCCAGAUCGAGGACAAACAUCGAAGGCUGCCGGAAGUUCGGGCUCGGCAGGGCAGCAGCAGCUCCAACACCACUACCCUGCAGAGGCUCCUGCACAGCUUCGAACAGGACAUACAGCUGCUGGUCACGCAAGUGCGUCAGCUGCAGGAGAGCGCGGCCCAGCUGAGGACGGUGUACGCCGGCGAGAAGGCCGAAGCCAUCGCAUGCCGCGAGCACGAAGUGAUGCUCUGCUGGAAAGAGCUGCUGACGUCCUGCGAGGAGUGUCGAGUCCAGAUCACCACCGAGACGGACAAGCUGAGGUUCUUCGGCAUGGUCCGAGAUCAGAUCAUGUGGAUGGAAUCGAUCAUCUGUCAGAUAGGGACGGGAGAGAAGCCCAGGGACGUGUCCUCAGUAGAGGUGCUGAUGAAUUAUCACCAGAGUCUGAAGAGCGAAGUGGAGGCUCGCAGCCGGAGCACGCUGGAGUGUAUCGAGAUGGGCAAAACUCUGCUGGCUGCUAGAAACCCUGCAGCUGAAGAGAUCAAGGAACGGCUGGACAAGGUGGUUGCUAAGCAAUAUGAGCUGUCUGAGAAGUGGGACAAGCACUGGGACGUCCUGCAGCAAUUGUUGGAGGUUCACCAGUUUGCCCAGGAGGCGGUGGUGGCGGAGGCGUGGCUGACCGCUCAGGAGCCGCUCAUCAGCAGCAACGAGCUGGGUGCGAGCGUAGACGAGGUGGAGCAGCUGAUCCGUCGUCAUGAAGCCUUCCGCAAAGCCGCCGCCACCUGGGAAGAGCGGUUCAGCUCACUGCGACGUCUCACCACGGUAGAAAAGUUGAAAGCAGAGCAGAGUAAACUUCCCCCGACCCCUCUGCUGGGUCGUAAAGUCUUCCUGGACCCCCUAGAUGCCUCACCCGGUGGGUCCACCCUCCCCCGCCUCCCGCUCUCCCCCGUCAUGAGACAGACCAUCUACGAGCAGAACGAAGCCAACUCUCCUCCCUCGCCGUCCCCUGCCACGCCUACACCCUCUCCUUCGUCUGUGGCUCGUCGGCUGGGGUCGACAGUCGCUAACUACACCCCAGUGAUGAACGGCUCCAGCUACCGCCAAACCCUGGAGGCGCGGCACGGCGGCGUAGUGGGUGUGGCUGCAGGACUAGGCCAGCCCGCACUUUCCUCCAUCGCCUCAGUUGCCACGGCGGCCAUGUUGGUUUCAGCCAACCAGGCACGAGAGAGCGCCAGCACAGUGAGAGAUCAAGCCACCAAGGCGAUGAGUCACCUCCAGCCAGUACAGGCGGCGAGGUCACUGGAGGUGAAAGCAUCCCCGUAUCUACGGCAAGCCAAAAUCAAACAUUUGGACGAUGCGGUGACGCCGCUGCUCGUGGCGAGCCGGCUGGAGAGAGCGAGGGAGAAGGAGAGGGGGAGGGAGAGAGAGAUGAUGAUGGGAGAGAUAGGGACGGAGAGAGCGGAGGUGGCUGUGAUGGCCGAGGUGGUGCUCCAGGAGCCGGGCAGGGAGCGUCUGCACAGCGAGCCCACCAGAGGCUCACGGGCGUCCAGGAAUGACCCGCUAGGUCAAGCUGAGCCUCAGGUCCAGACCCACAGCCACCACAGGGACCACAGGAUAGAACGGCAGCUGUCCAGCGAGCAGCUGAUCCAGGCACGAAGGGACGAGCUGCCUCAGGAGGUGUGGAGGGAACAGGCCGAGAGACGGGAGAAACGGACGCUGGAGAGGCAAACGUCCAGCGAGCAUGAGGGCCAGGCGGGCCAGGGGAGUCAGGGGGGCCACGGGAGCCAGGGGGGCCACGGGAGCCAGGGGGGCCACGGGAGCCAAGGGGGUCACGGGAGCCAGGGGGGUCACGGGAGCCAGGGGGGUCACGGGGGCCACGAGGGCCGGCGGAGAGAGAGGGACCGGCACCGGGUGGAGAGGCAGGAAUCCAGUGAGCAUGACACCGGGAAAGAGCACUCAGACAGACGCUCAGGAGGAGGAGAAAAGAGAUCCACCCUGCUAGAAAUUGUAGAGCAGCUGCAAGAAAGAGAAGCAGCACAGGCCCGUGGUGAGGUGCCCCGCCUGCCUAACGGGGUACCAGAGAAAACUUCCCGUCUCGAGCGGCCUCGAGCUCGGGACAGACCCAAACCACGGCGUCGACCGCGACCCAAAGAGGCAGGAGAGGCUACCACGCGGCGGUCCAGGUCCGCUCCGGCCCAGAGCAGCCCGGCAGUCCCCCAGAUUCCAUCACACACCGCACACCACGAGGGCUUCCUUUUCCGCAAGCUGGACAUCGAGACACUGAAGAAGAGCACCAAUAGCAGGUCAUGGGUCAACCUGUACUGCGUGCUGAACAAAGGGGAGAUGGGUUUCUACAAGGACGCCAAGAACACCGCCACGCCCUACAACAACGAGCCGCUGCUCAACCUCUCCCACUGCCACUGCGACGUCACCAACGGCUACAAGAAGAAGAAGAACGUCUUCACGCUCAAAACGAAGGACGGCAGUGAGUUUUUGUUUCAUGCAAAAGAUGAGGACGACCUCAAAGUGUGGGUGAACAACAUCACCGCCAGUAUUACGGAGCACGAGGAUAUUGCCAAAUGGGGUCAGCCCCAACCAACUACCUCAUCCACCGACGAGGGCACGCGUCAAGACGGCAGCAAGGCAGACAACAGGUCAGAGCGAGGCGGCGAGCCCUCGGACCGGGGCGAUCGGAUCGAGCGGGCGGAUAAAGAAAAGGAGAAAGAGAGAGAGAAGGAGAAGGAGAAGGAGAAGGGCGAACGGUCGGAGAAGUCGGAUCGGGGAGGGAAGUCGGACUCGAAGCGCUCGGAAAAGUCCGGUAAGAAAAAGUGAGCCGGGCGACGGAAUCGGUCGGGAUUGAAUCGUACGAACUCCGGAUAGGAGGUGGGGCCGUAGACUGGUAGUGAACGCCCCCCUCCUUCCCUCCGCCUCCAACACUGUCAACAAAGCGGUUGUGUUUGGAUGGAAAGUGACACACAGGACAGAAGGACUGACCCAGGCUCACUCAUAGGACGGACGUGACGGAUUUGGAGCAGGAGACAUCUUUCUCUCUCUCUCUCUUUCUCUUCUUCUCUGUGUCUCUGUGAGAACACACAGAGUCACUGACGCCCCCCGACCCCUAACCCCCCGCCCCCCGGUGGCUGUUUCAGAGAACUGCACAGAGAGUUUCGUGCUGCUGAACCCCCGGGCGGCGUUACCGCGAGAGGGAGACGGGACACGUUAACUCAACGGCUGUUACUGAUUGCUGGUAGUGCGAUAAAACGUAGCUCAUUCUGUUCCAUGUUUGUUUUUUCUAUGAGAUGAGCUGUACCUGUAUGUAUCUCUUGUCUGUCUGUCCUAUCUACUGUAUCUAUCUGUCUGUCUGUAAGUCGAGACAUCCUACACUAUGUCUUAUUACUCCUCGGAAAGAGAAUGAAAAUUAUGCCAAAAUGUUUUACAGACAUAACGAACUUAGAGUUUUUUUUUGUUAACUGUUUUCUCCACUUUGUCCGAUGAAAAGAUGUGGAGGUGACACCGGUUUUACGUUGAUACCAAACGGCACUGAAACCACAUUCAUCCGAACUCACCGUGGAUGAGUCAACACUGACAAACAACUGCAGUACUGUGCUGAUUCUAGGAAGGUGGAAAGGUGAUGAUUUAAGACAAGAGAAGAGUAGAUGGCCGACCAGGGUGAUGAACUCCAGAGCAAUCAGGAGAACAGAAAUGUAGAAGUUUCCUUAAGAAAGAUCAGCCCUGAAAUCAGCUUUUAAUGUUGUCCAGGAGGAGCAAACAGAGCAGCUUCCCUUCAUUUAUAAAGGAUAUGUGAAGAUUUCUGCAUGACAGAUGGAUCGCAAGCUGUUUAACCUGUGACAGUAUGGUCACUGCAGCCACUUUGGGCUCUGAAAUCUAAUUUAUUAAAAACAAACAUGUACAGUUCUUGAAUCAGCGAUCAGAAAAACUAAUCUGAUGUUAGACUCUUGCUCCCAGGGGCCUCAUUCAUUAAAAUGUGGUUUCAUUUUACUUUAAAGGUGCUAUUGAUAACAUUCAGCCACUACAUAUCGCACUCUCCCUCCUCCGUUCCAUUGCAUUCACUUCACAACAAGUGGUUGCCAGUUCGCUGCACAACCUGCGUAUUUUAUGGUCGAGUGGAGUGACACUAAUGCUAACGUAGAACUUACCGUCACACUCAGCCGUCAUCCGUUUUUUUUCCACACUGACUGGCAACUUGAUCGCUGACGACACAGAGAUACCACCUGAUACCAUUGUUGUUAUACUAUCGACUCACUAGCCUUGUUAGAAGUGGGAAUCGAACGUCAGAUAUCUUCCACAGAGAUAAACAAAACAUUCAUUUUGGACCAUACUUUCCAACUUUGAGACCUUAUCAAUAGGGAGGAUUCUGGGGGUUCUCCCAGAGACUUUGUUUCCUGCAUUCUGGUGACUUUAACCUUUAAUUCUCAGGAAAGAAAACUGAAUAAUUCGCCCCUCUGGCGUGAACUUGGCGUGUGAAUCUCUAGCAUGAACUAAUAUUCAUCCGUUUUUAUUCAUUUUUUUGUGCCCCUGCUUGAGUACUUAGGUCUGUCCGUCUCUCACUCACUGAAGGUCCUUUCAGACACAACGCGACAACGCCACCACAGCGCUCUGACCCCCAUUAUUUCCAAUCGCUUGCUCAGUGCCACGCCCAAAGUCCAACUUUGGGCGCUGCACGCUGUGAUGUGUGCUGAACCCAGCUGCUCAAACAAGAGCUCAAACCGCGCUGUGUCGCGAGCAUAGACUGCUCUCUUCUUCUUCGACAUUUGGUGUAGCUCUAUUGUUGUCCAGGUCGAAACAGUAGUGAUUAUACACGCGGUACAGUACCAGAAACAGGUUAAGUGUGAAAAUUUGCCAUAAAUCGGGAGAAAUGCGGGAGAAUUGUGACCACCGGAAGGAAACCGGGAGAGGUCGAUGAAAAAUGGGAGUCUCUCGGGAAAAUCGGGAGGGUUGGCAAGUAUGU